AUGGAUGUCCCCAUCAAAGAAGAGGAGCCCUCGACAGCAGAAGCAAUUUCCAGUAACGUCGUCGGUCACGGGAAAUCCCUCCCCUAUGCCUGGGACAGCUGUUCUAAGGAGCUGCUGCGGUCUCGCAUAUUCAUCAAGCAACAGGCCGUCGAGGAUGCCUUUGACCGUGCAAAAUUCAUUUGCGAGGCUAUUUCAUCAGCAUUGGAAGACAAGGAGUCAGAAACAUUCAAGGAGCUUUUUGACGAAGAGAUUGCGGCUUGGAUGGAUGAGAUCCUCAAGCUGGAAAAGACGCACAAGGACUUCGAGGUCUUGGUCGGUGUCGCAGGGGUUACGGGUGCCGGUAAAAGCACCAUUUUGAACACGCUUUUGGAGAUGCCUGAGCUUCUCCCUUCCAGCAACUCGGAAGCCUCGACAUCUUCAGCUUGUCGAGUGUCCUGGAACUACGACAAUGAUCCCAAACACAGGUUCACUGCCGUAGUGGCCUUUCGCGAGCGCGAAGACGUCCAACGGGAGUUGGAGCAAAUCUAUGAAGCACUUGAUGAAUGUCGGGAAAUGGAGGAAGGUUCCGACGGAGAAGAUGGAGAAGAGUGGUUCGAGCAAAAGGCGGAACAUGAGAACACCAUCAAGGAGGGAAUGCAGAAGAUUCUGGCUGUGUGGGGUAAGGAAAGAGAAGAAGUACAAAUGCUUUCAGCCGAAGACCUUCUCGCAUCCAAUGAGGAUGUUCUCUCUGUUCUGGGUACCACCAAGCGUCUUCAUGCUGCAGACAAGGAAGAGUUUGCCGAACUGGUCAAGCCUUACCUUGAUUCAUCAGCGACGACUGAGGGCUACCAGGCUUGGCCUUUGGUCAAGGAAGCCAGGAUUUUCGUCAAAGCGGAUAUCCUCAGACACGGAAUCGCCUUGGUCGAUCUUCCCGGACUGUCUGAUGCCGUCGAGAGUCGCGCCCAGGUUGCGGAGCGUUACAACCAGCGGAUCGACACAACUAUCAUCGUGACACCAUCUGUUCGGGCGAUUGAUGAAAAAACAGCAUUUCAGCUGAUGGGAAAGUACCAAGCACUCAGGAUGAAGCUUGACGGCAAACUCCACAAAAACAGAUCCUGUAUUGUGGCCUCACAAAUGGACGGGAUUGACCAUGAUGUUUUCAGCAGAAGCUCACCAGAAGCGAGAAACAAGGCAGGCUUGAAGGAGGACUUGGAGAGUAUGAAAUCACUCACAAAGAGACUAACUGUUCUUGAUCAACGCAUCAAAGACUGCCGGAAGAAGCUUGUUGAGUUCAACAACAGGAAGGAGAAAGCGAUCAUUGAUCGAGAUGCAUUGAAGCCCACUUUGGUAGACAAACGGUACCAGGAAAGAAUGAAGACGGCAAGGAACAAGGUGACAACCACGACAAAACUUGUUCGUAACCAAGAAUCAGUUUUAAACGGUCUCCAACAAGAGAGAUACAGCGCGAAUCUGUCUUUGCGCACAUGCGAGGGCAGGGCUAAGUGGACAUGCAUGUCUAUGAGACAUAGUCGAAUUGAGAAACGGCUCACAGAAAACUUCGAGAGACAGCGGAAGGAGUUGGAGGGAACUAGUCAGCGGCUUAGUUCAAGCGAACCCACCACUAACAUAUUUUCUGUCUCCGCUACCGCAUAUCGAGACCUUCUCAAGGGAAGAAAAGUGGCUGGGUUUCCCACCAAAUCGUACACUGGAAUACCUCAACUUAGUCAAUGGCUAUGCGACUCCGUGAUGGAGAACAGGGAAGUUCAUCUGGACAGUCUCCUCAACGCACUCCGUCGCCUCGCGCAUGGCAUUCAAAGAUGGUCAAACAAACUUGAAGCCGAACUUCACUUGUGGUCAGAAAAGAUCAAGUCAUUCGAUCCGUUUGCUCAAAUUCAUCAGACACAGACGGUCUGUAGGAGAGAAGCGGGAAGGGUUGCCACUAGAUGGGCAGCCAGAAACCCAAAUGACAUGACUUCUUCGGUCUUCAUGGCCUGGAUGACCUUCAAUGCAAUUCUCAAACGAGGCGGAGGCCCUUACAAGUUUAAGAGUAAGACCGGGGAGAGCCACGAAUACAACUUUCCCGAGGCUUUAGUUAUACCCAUCCUUGAGAAAGUAGUCUUAAAGACUUGGCACAAGGUGUUUCAUGUUAAGAUCCCAGCGGCUGAGAAGCCUAUCAUACCACGAGUUGAUGCAAUCUGGGAUCAGUACUGGAGGAGCUCGUUGGCCAGAUCCAAGAAACUGCAUCCCAACUUCUCCCCCAUGUCCUGGAAUGCAUCCCGACCGUGCGCGGCAUCAAAGACGAGAUACGUGACAAGGUUCACGAGACACCUCACAAAGCUUUCGAAAUGCUCUGCUGAGAUCCACCCGGAGUUUCGAACCACAAUGGAAGAAAAGCUCAAGCCUAUGUUCGACGAAUGUCUGGAAAUUAAAGGCAAAGGACAUUACCAAGCCCGCCGCAAGUAUUUGCAAGACAACGUCAAGGCCAAGAACACGAAAAUGUUCAACGAUGGGUUCAAAAAGAUGAAGAGACGAUAUGAAACCCAUCUGGCCAAGGUUCCCCAGGAAUUCUCGGCAAUUGCCCAGUUCGCCGUGACAAAGGUUCAAGAGCAAAUCGGCCUUUUGCUCACUAAUAUCGAGACCGUCAACGAUAAAAGCCAAAAGCUGUCGGACCGCGCCACCACGCUCCGGCAGGAAGUCGGACAGGCCGCGAUGCAAUGGGUGGUCGAGUGGAGGGUUCCGAAGUACGAGGCGUCUCCGGCACGCCCCCAUAGUCUUUUGCUGCCCAGGAAGUAUGUCGAGCCUGAACCGGAGGAGCUGGAUGAGGAGGGAAACGCGGCGAAGGGCAAGCAAAAGGCAGACGAUGACGGAGAUGUUGAGAUGGAGGACUCUGAGUGAUCUGACGGUGAAUGCCGGAGGAACCAUGAGGUCUUUGGAAGAAGAUCGCUGACUGAAGUUGGGUUUGGGUUGGAGUUUUGUCCAGGGGGAACGCUCAGAUGCCCUUUUUCUUUUUUCUUUGGUCUUUGCGUUAUUUUGCACCCGCACUCAUGACGGGUAUCUCUGAGAGACCUAUAAGUUCAGAGGUCUGA